AGGCCAAGCCGUAACCAUUGCGCAUUUCAAUUUUCAGUAAAUUUUGUUUACUAAAAUUUUCAGUAUUUCCGCCCGAAACGCACACACACGGCACCAGAGAGCAUGAAAUUGAAUAUUCCGCCAUCAGUUCUUCCACUUUGAAUUCCGCAACAGACGCGCCAAAACUAUCUCUCUUAUCGAUAGAUUUAUGAAGGAGUUUUGCAGCACUGCCCCGUGUUCCGUCAAGAUAGAGCCGAUAACGAUAGACGAUAGCCGAUAGUCGCCUAUCGAUAGCCGUGCGACGACGAAGAAGGGGAGGAGAAGCAGAGGAGAAAAACAAAAAACCAAUUGUGAAAAAGUGUAAAGUUCGGGCAAAAAAUCGUAGGAUAAAGUCGGGCGCAACGAGCAACGGCACAGCGAAGAGCUCAAAAUAGAGAGAGAAAGCGAAGACGAAACGUACCACCUGCCGACGGACCUACCUUUUACCUUUUACCUCCUUACCUUUUCAAUCUGAUAUAUUUUCACACGAACACAAACGCGCACACCGACACCGAGAGCAACACGGACACGGACACGGCACGCACGCACACCUGCGCAAGUACACUGUCAUCAUUUCGCUUGUUGUGUUGUGUUUUUCUUGGUUUGUUAUUUGCGAAAUUGGAAGACGCGAAGGCCACACAACAAAUGCGUGCGGCGACGAGAAGCAAUUGGAACUGAGAGAUUGGAAGUCGCUGGAAUCGCAGUGGAACUGAAACCGGAGGCGCAAACAGGCGGCCGCAAAUUGCCGAGUCACGCGGGAUCAGCAGACAGUUACAAUGUCCAUGCGAACGAAGGUUCUGGGUCUGGUGGACGUCAUGAUGCGCGUACCGCCCGUGAUGGUCAUCGAUGAGAUCCUGAAGAUUGGCAUGGGCCUGCCCACGCGGCUCUAUCCGGACAAGUCGUCGCCGUCCUCGUCGUCGGACGAAUCCCUGCCCAAGACAGAUGCCGUCUCAACGGAUCUCGACCAAGAUCCCUUUGCCAGCAUCAAAGCCUUCUUCGGCCUGGGCGAUACCGUAGCGGCCGCCACCACCUCAGCUGCCGCUGUCGCCCAGGAAGCCCUGGAACGGAGCAUCGAGAAUGCCUCGAGAUCGGCGCAAUCGGAGGGCAUACUCAGCUCCGGCUUCAAUUCGCUGAUGGACGAGCUGGCCCACGAUGAGACGCUAUCGGAUGUGCUCAGCAUCACCACCGUCAAGUUUGUCAUCUGCCUCUUUGGUUUCCUCUCAGCCGCCUGCAUCUUUAUGCUCUGGACCCGUCACCUGGUGAUGGUCUACAUGUUCCUCACCUCGCUCGCCCUCACCUUUCUCUCCUACUGGUCCAACGUGAGUGCCCUGGCGCUGAUGGAGCACAGUCCCUGCAUACUGGAGGACCUGAUGUCGUUGAACACCACAAGGUUACUGGAUUCGGGCGGGGUGGUCAUGUCCUUAGCACCGCACCUAAUGGCCCAAUGGUUUAUGGGCAUGCUCUUCGCUUAUAUCCAUCUGGGUCCCAGGUACGAGAUGCUCCAGAGAUCGAUGCCCAUCAUCUUUGCUAGUCCCAUACUGGUGGCCAUGCUGCCGCUACCCCCAAAGAUGGUGCAACAACUGCCCUUGGUGGCUGGAUUUACGCCCAUCAUCCUGACAAUGAUAACGCUGAUGCACAGCGCCAUGGAGGCGAGUCGAACGGUGUACAAUGGGUAUCAAUAUGCCAUGAAUUUCGUGUCCAACUUUGGCCUAUCCGCAUUGAUCGAGAACGAGUGGCAGCGAUUGAAUGUGCCCAAUGUGUUGCGGGUUUUCUGGACCAUCAGAAUCAUUCAAGGUGGAUAUGCCUUGGCCAUGGCGGAAACUGAUGAACCCUUGGAACUAAUGCCAGCGACCGAGAAACUGCUAGUCGAUGGAUGUGAGACACUAACCGCCGUACUGGGCAUGACCGGUGUCAUCUCAAUGAUAUGCCAUUACAUUGGUCGCGGCUUCCAGUGGUAUCUGCUUACCUAUGACAAUGAUGAGGAGAAAUCCCUGGGCACUGUGUCGGCGGUGCUCUUCUACAUUUUGGCCUUGCAAACGGGCCUGACUUCUUUGGCGCCGGACAAGCGUUUUGUGAGAUUGUGCCGGAAUCUUUGCCUGCUUAUGACCGCCUUGCUGCACUUCCUCCACAACAUCGUAUCGCCCAUUCUGAUGUCGUUGAGUGCGGCGCGAAAUCCAUCUAGGAAGCGACAUGUUCGUGCUUUAACCGUGUGCGCUUUUCUGGUUGUGAUGCCCGUCUCCCUGCUUUACUACCUCUGGUCGCAAAGAUCCAUCUCCACCUGGUUGCUGGCAGUUACCGCCUUCUCCGUUGAGGUUAUCGUUAAGGUGCUCGUUUCGCUGGCCACCUACACGCUCUUCCUCCUGGACGCCCGUCGGCAGUUCUUCUGGGAGAAGCUGGACGAUUAUCUGUACUAUGUUCGGGCCUUUGGCAAUUCGGUGGAGUUUUGCUUUGGCAUUUUGCUCUUUAUAAACGGUGCUUGGAUCCUGAUCUUUGAAUCUGCCCAAAAUGCUACAGGCGGCGCCAUCAGAGCGAUAAUGAUGUGCAUCCAUGCCUACUUCAACAUUUGGUGCGAGGCCCGGGCGGGAUGGUCGGUGUUCAUGAAGCGCCGCUCGGCGGUCCACAAGAUCUCCGCACUGCCAGAGGCGACGCCAGCCCAGUUACAGGCCUUUGACGAUGUCUGCGCCAUAUGCUACCAGGAGAUGUACUCGGCCAAGAUAACGCGGUGUCGGCACUUCUUCCACGGCGUUUGCCUACGCAAAUGGUUGUACGUUCAGGAUCGUUGUCCUCUGUGCCACGAGAUAAUGAUGUACACGGACAAGGCGGAGGAUAAUGCUCAGGAGACCGAACCAGUGGCAGCAGCUCAGGCAGAACAGCCCCUCAGGCUUUAUCCAAGAGAUGAUGGCAACAAUGCUGGCGGAGCGGCCGCACGACGCACGCCAGAACGAACUACUCCCGAUGUGCCGGAGAUGACCGCCACUUCCGCGAACGCAUCAGUUGUUGCAACAGCAGCGGCACAGAUUGGAGCCGAGGCUGCCGCGGCCAUUGUGGAGUCGGCCGCUGUUGUGGCAGCGAACAGUGCCAGUUCCAGUGCCGGCGGUGGUGGUAGCAGUGCCAGCAGCUACAUUAGCUCCACAUCCGCCCAGCCGCCACCGCCAACGGCCACAUCGGCGGCAGCGGUGGCCACGGCGGCGGCCAGCAAUACAACGCACAUGUUCCGGAUGUCGCAAGAACAGCAAUAGGCGUACCUCUUCAACUUCUAAUAUAUACAUUAUGUAAAAAUGCAAAUGCUUUCCCCUCUCUCUUUUCGUAACACACACACACACACCUAACACACCCCUCGAUCCUCAUAGGCCACAGUCAGACGCAGCCAUGCUUAAAUUAAAUUAAAUUAUAAACGCGUCCCCCGAACGUGUUGAAGAGACGAUAAUUGAACCAGAGAUCUAUGUAAGUUAAGUUUAUGGUAAAAAGUUGAUCCAAAAAUGUUGAAAAACACAAACAAAAAAAUAAGAAACUUAGCCCUAAAUCAGUGUAAAAAAAAGCACCCAGCAGCAUGAGAAAAAAAAAACAUUUUGUGGUAAAGUCUGAAAAUGAUUUAAUCAAGUUACCAAGUAAAA